UUACAUUUAUGGUAAUGAUGAGCCCUGCCUCCUACCUAUAUCUAAGAUUUAUACAAGUGUUUAAUAAUGAAAGAGUGACACUUUUCCAAUGCUGCGACUUUGAAGCUCUGUUCAAGCUUGCCUCUCUGAAAAUGGAUAAAUUGAAACAGAGUUGCAGGGCACAAGAUAUAGCAAUUGUAGGCUUACAAAUGUAGUAAAUAAACAGAAAACGAUAGUUAGAUAAAUGGCUGCCAAAGCACAUUUUAGGACGAAGACAUUGAUCGCAUUCCAGUAUGAUAAUGGUGGAAUGCAUUCGUUUCCAUCGCGCAAUAUCAUUGUUAUCCCCUGCACAUCUCCGUGGGUUGAAGCAGCCAUUGCACAUUCAUUUUUCACAGUUCAAGCGAAUUCACUCUGUCAUUACUCACACGAGAUCGACAUUCCUUCGAAAUAAGCUUAUCAACAUGUAUGCCAAGUGCGGUAAUUUGGGGAUUGCUCGUCAAGUUUUUGACGGCAUUGCAGAACCAGACCUUAUCUCAUGGAAUGUUAUAAUUGUUGCUUACCAAAGGCAGGGGUAUUCUCGUGAGGCGUUGACACUGUUUCACCAAAUGCAACGAACAGGUAUCCACCCUGAUCAAUUCAUCUUGGCCAGCAUUCUCCCAGCGUGUGCCGCAAUGGGGGCUUUGGAAGCAGGUCUCCACAUCCAUCAUAGGGUAAUUGAGAGCGGAUUUUUGUCAGAUGUUGUAGUCAUCAAUGCCCUAAUCGACAUGUAUGUAAAAUGUGAAAGCAUUUUUCAGGCAUGUAAAUUGUUUGAAAAUAUGCCUCAAAGAAACGUUGUCUCAUGGACAGUCAUGAUUGCAGGAUAUGCGCAAAAUGGGUUUGUUAAAAAUGCCUUGGAAACCUAUAAGACGAUGAAAUCGGCAGGUGUAAAGGCAAAUUCUACAACAUUUGCCAGCAUCCUACCAGCCUGUGCCAAAAUAGGAGCUUUGGAACGGGGUAUGGAGUUCCAUCAAAUUAUUUUCCAGAGUGGGUUUCUGUCAGAUAUUGUACUUGCAAAUGCCCUGAUAGACAUGUACGCAAAAUGUGGAAGCAUGCAGAAAGCACGCCAAAUGUUUGACAAAAUGUCUGUGCGGGAUGCAGUGACAUGGAAUACGAUGAUGGCAGGUUAUGCACUGGAUGGGUUUGCUGAAGAGGCCUUGGAGACAUUCAAACUUAUGCAAUUGGCUGGUGUACAGCCAGAUUCCACAACAUUUGCCAGCGUCCUCCCUACCUGUGCCAAAUUGGGAGCUUUGGAAGAGGGUAUGAAUAUCCAUCAAAUGAUUAUGGAAAGCAAACUAUUAUUAGAUGUCGUUGUCGUGAGUGCCCUUAUAGACAUGUACGCAAAAUGUGGAUGUUUACACAAGGCACGGAAUCUGUUCGACGAAAUGCCUCGUAGGAAUGUGAUUUCAUGGACUGCGAUGAUUUCAGGAUAUGCACAGAAUGGUGUUCUUGAUGAGGCUUUAAGGCUUUUCAAAGAAAUGCCUUCCAGAAAUGUGGUUACAUGGACUGUGAUGAUCGCAGGGUAUGCACAAAAUGGGUUUAUUGAAAAUGCUUUGGAGACUUUUAAGCAAAUGCAAUUGGCAGGUAUAAACCCAAACUCCACAACCUAUGCAAGCAUCCUCCCUGCUAUUGCCAAAAUGGGAGCUUUGGAAGAGGGUAUGGUGAUCCAUCAAAGAAUUAUUGAAAGUGGGUUUUUCAUAGAUAUUUCAACUGUAAAUGCCUUGAUAGACAUGUAUGCAAAAUGUGGAAGCAUACACAAGGCACGUAAGGUGUUCAAUAAAAUUCCUGAACGAAAUGUGGUCUCAUGGAAUAUGAUGAUUGCAGGAUAUGCGAGGCAUGGCUAUGGCAAGCACUCUCUGAAAAUUUUUGAACUAAUGAAGGAUUCAGGAACAUACGCUGACAAUGUAAGCUUCAUUUGUGUUUUAUUUGCGUGCAGCCAUGCAGGUUUAGUGGAUGAGGGCUGUAAAUUCUUCUGUGGCAUGAGCGACUCUUAUUGCAUUAUGCCUACAAUGGAUCAUUAUGCAUGCAUGGUAGACCUUCUUGGCCGUGCUAGCUAUCUUGACGAAGCACUAAACUUAAUAAUCAAAAUGCCAUUUAAACCUGCGGUGGUUGCGUGGAUGUGUUUGCUUGGCGCGUGUCGGUCACAUAAGAAUAUAGAGCUAGGAGUUUUUACAGCAACUCUCCUUUUUGAACUGGAUCCUACAAAUGAUGCAGUGUAUGUUCUCCUGGCCGAUAUCUACGCAGAAGUCAGCAGGUGGGAUGACGUUCAAAAGGUAAGGGGAUUGAUGAACGAUAGAGGAAUUAAAAAGAUACCUGGAUGUAGCUGGAUUGAAAUCCGUGAAGUGGUGCAUGCUUUUUGUGUAGGAGAUAGAUCACACCCACAAACGCACGAGAUCUAUACAAUGUUGCAAAAUUUGACAUUGAAAAUGAAAGCAUCAGGGUAUAUGCCAUAUCAAAAGCAUACAUUGAAUGAUGUGGAAGAGGAGGAAAAAGAAUUGUUCCUCUGCCACCAUAGUGAGAAAUUGGCAAUUGCAUUUGGGUUGUUAAACACAUCGCCUGGGACAACUAUUAGAGUUGUCAAGAAUCUUAGAGUAUGUGUUGAGUGCCACAAUGCAACCAAGUUUAUCUCCAAGAUUGUUGCUAGAGAAAUUGUUGUGAGAGAUGCGAACCGGUUUCAUCAUUUCAAUCAAGGGCAGUGUUCCUGUGGAGAUUAUUGGUGAUGCAAAGUGAAGCAAGCUGGAAACACAGGCUUGCACUUCAACUUGUGUUUUUUCCUCUUUUUGAGAGUUAGACCAAGCUGUUGUUUUCAAUAUAUCAGAUAUAUGGUAUGCAUAAUUGCCCAUAUAUACCAAAGCAAUAUUGAUAAGUUUUUUAUAUACCAUGGAUCUGUCAAGACAUUGAAUUCCUCUCGGGAAGCCAGUACAUUUUUGGAAUGAAAUGGUUGAUAAGGUGUAAUUUUA